AUGUCAAAUCUACAAAUGAAAGAGGCAGCCCUUAUCUAUCUUGACAGAAGUGGAGGCCUCCAGAAGUUUCUAGAUGAUUGCAAGUACUACAAUGAUUCAAAACAAAGUUAUGCUGUCUAUCGAUUCAGUAUUUUAAUAAAUCCCUCUGAUGUUGCUGAAUUAGAUGCUGAACUUGGAAAUCACAUUUUACACCAGCCUUUAAAAGCCGCUCAAGUUUUUCAAUCAGUCUGUUUUAUUGCUGUUAAGACUCUCUCAUUAAUUGGACAAUUACAGACUGAAACUCAAAUUAAUAUAGUGCUGAAGUUAACACAUUUACCUCCUCUGCCAAGUUAUAGUCUUGAUCUUUGUGAGUUUCCACUUGAUUAUACAUCUCAAAGAUUUUAUAUGAUGCAAGGAAUUGUGAUUGCAAUGACGACUGUAACCAAGUAUACACAAGGUGCAAGAUUUCUUUGUUCAGAUGAAGCAUGCCCUCUUUCAAAAGGAUUUCAGUAUAUAAGAGUGCAUGUGCCUGGUGCCACAGAAUCUGCAACAGUAAGAAAUGACUUUUUGUGUAAUCUAUGUUCAUCUCCACUUCAAGAAGACAGAAAAUUUAGAGUACUUGGUGAUAAACAGAUAGUUGAAAUAAUUACCACAAAAGCACUUCAUGCUUUUCGAGGAUAUUCUGACAACCAGCCAUUUAGGUUUCAAUCUCUUACAAUUUUCCUAAGAGACGAAUCAGUGAAUAAAAUGAAUAUAGGAAAUGAGUAUAAAAUUAUUGGAAUUCCAACCUGUGUAAAAACUUCACAAACUGCUGUCUGUAUAGAGGCAAAUAGCAUCGCUUUUUGCAAUCCAAAAGUUCCUUCAGGAAUUAGCGACAGUUUCAGGUGUCUCCUUUCUUUGACUUCCAGUUCAUGCUGGAAGUUUACAGCAAUACUUGCCAAUAGUUUUGCAUCACAAAUUGUUCCUCCUGGGACUUACAACUUGCUCAAGCUGUGUUUGCUGAUGAGUCUAGUACAGACAAGUGACCGUAAUAAGAAACUGGAAGAUUGCCUGGAUAUUUUAAUUAUAACAAGUGAUACUCUACUUGUAGACAGGCUUUUGAAUUUUAGUAUAAACCUUGUGCCACGUGGUAUACAUCAUCCAGUCUCUACUGAAAUUUUUCCUACUCUAUCCAGGAAUAAAUAUGGAACUGGAGCUGUUAGCAUUCAAGCUGGCACUGCAUUACUAGCUAAAGGUGGUAUCUGCUUUAUAGGAGACUUGGCUUCAUACAAAAAAGAUAAACUUGAACAGCUUCAAUCAGUGGUAGAAAGCAGAAGCAUCACAGUGUACAUCCCGGGAAAGAAGUUUGGGGAUGAUAUCGAUCAACAAAUGACUUUUCCAGUUCAGUGCAGUUUUUGGUCUUUUGUUGAUAUGGAUUCAUCUUCAAGGAGAAACAUGAAGAAAACCAAUGCUCUGAUUGGUCAGAUGGAUUGCAGUUUGAUUCCAGCUAAUCUGUUAGAGGCAUUUGUAUUAUUGAUUAACUGCAAUGAAUCAUCUCCUUGCCACCCACUUCUUCCUACUGUGCAUCAUACUUUAAAGAAAGCCAUUGAUCCUGAAGGGCUGCUUUAUAUAGCUUCUAAACAGUUUACAACUGAAGAUUUUGAAAAGCUGCUGGCUUUUGCAAAGAAUUUGAAUGUAGAAUUCAGCUUGGAGGCAGAAAGAAUGAUUCAUGGCUAUUAUCUAGCAAGUCGCAGAAUCAGAACAGAUUCUAUAUGUGGAUCAAAACUGUCAUCAUCUGCAUUAAAAUAUUUAGUUUCCCUAUCUGAAGCCCAUGCUCGACUGAACUUAAGGAAAAAAGUGCUUAAAGAAGAUGUAUUAAUUGCAGCCUUAUUAUUUGAAACAUCUCUCACAUUGAAAUAUGGGGCCACUGUAUUUUGUGUUGCUCCAAAUGCAGUAUUUCCAUUUGAACUGUAUAAUGAAGAAAAUUUAGAGCAAAGGGAUAUGUAUCUGACUCAGUGCCAACAACAACUCCAACAGUUUAUUGCCACAUAUGGACCUGGGACUCCUGUUUUCGCUAGUGAUGAAUAGGCAAUCUGAAGAAAAUUUUUUUCUUCAUUUCUACUUAAGCAGUGGAAAAAAAUGUGAGUGAUCCUGAAGUAAUGCUUCAGAUAAUACUGUGUGUAGGAGUACAUUAGAAUCCCAUCUUAAAAAAUAUAGUAUGAUCUCUUCAAAUUAAUUACUAAUGAAAUAAACACUAAUCCAAACCUCAAAGCCAAGAGCAGAAAUUUAAAACUUAGAAGAAUCCUACAAAAAAACUUCUGGUUAGCCAAGUAUACCAGUGGUCAACAGAUAAAAAUAUAAAUGCUGCAAACCCAGCAAUGAAAAAUUGGUAACUGGUAACUUUUACAUGGUUCCCUCCAUUUGUCACAAGGUGGCAAUAACACUUUAAAUGAGAAUAUUUACCUACCAAUUAUUUUAAACCACUUUUUCUUGUGCUUGUGAACUUGACAAAUUGAUGAGUAAACAACAGCAAUUUUUAUAAUCAGCAGCCUUGAAUUUAAGACUUUUCAUGCUUAACUAGAUAUUGACAUAGCCAUUAUAUGAAUAUAUAUCAUUUUGGAAGCCCUAAUUACGCAGUCAGGAAAAAGCUUUGGAAUUUUCCAUUUUCUAUAAGCCAGGUUACACAGAAAAAAGUAAUUUACAUCAAAUCAAGGAGCAAUGAUUGGCUCUUUAAACCUAACUGGUUACAAGAUACCAAAAAAACAAGAAAACAAUUUGCAAACCCAGUCUUCAUUUUUGGAGCGAAGUAUCUGUUCUGAAAAGGUAAGGAUACCAUGAGAAAAUAUACUUAUCUUGUAAAAUCCCCAAAAUCCUUAUUUUUAUUUUUCAAAGCUUUAAUGAAAGAUAAUUUUACUAAAAGGAAAUGUCAUCAUAAAAUUGCCACCUUAUUAACCAAGACACUACCACAGUACCAGAAACUGAUACUUCACACAGCUUCAUGGAUAGCUCACUCUCUAUAGAACUUUUGACAAGUCAUUCACUCAACAAUAUUUAUUGAAUAUCCACUAGUGCCAGACUAUAGCGUUAGCUUUCAGAAGGCAAAACUAGUUUUUAAAAACAAAAUAUUUACAUAUUACAAUUCUGUAGUUAAGACUUUAUUUUAUGCCUUCUUAUAUAUUAUUUUUCUGGUUCUCUAUGGGAUGAAGGGAAAACAUUUCUAUUUUAUAAAAAUAGGAUCCAUAAAAUGGCCUCCAUUUUACAAUUGUGAAGUGUUAAGGUUCUUUUGAAACAGGAGGACCAAUAUCAAACACUGCAGGGAAAUGGUUUUCAAAUGUUGCCUCUAAUGGGAAGUGACUACAGAGAUGUCACUGUACACAUUUUAUACUGUGGUUUAACAUACUGAAAUUAGAACCCUGAUAAAAGCAAGGCCUCAACAGGGAAAAAGGAAGAUUUAGCUAAGUCUUCUCUGAGGUAAGAAUUCAGCUCAGUUUUAGAAUUCUUAUAAAUUCUCCAUUCCUGGACAGACUAGACUGUCCAGUCACCAUCUUCCUUAAUAUAGCAUGUUGUUAUUAUUUGUACUAGGAUUAGGAUUAUUUGGUUCACAAAGGUGAAAGCAAAUUAAUAAAAAUUUUAAAUUUACACAAAAUCUGUAGGUCACAGGUGAAACCUUGACUUGUAAAGGGCAAUUCAUUAAGGAGUUUAGGAGUUUUUCAGGUCUAAUAGCAGGUUCUAAAGGGGAAGUCCACAUAGUGAAUAUGCAGUGAUUAGGGCCUCUCCAGGAAUCCGCUAAGGUAGGCAAGAAAGGGUAUGAGAACUGGAGGUACUAGAAAUUUCUCCCCAGCUGCCUGCCACCUCAGAGACUUAUUAUCCACAAAAACCCUAGUUAUUGUGAAGAACAUACUACCCCUAAAGUAUGUUAAAAAACAAGUCUGAGGGGCCGGCCCGGUGGCGCAGCGGUUAAGUUCGCACGUUCCGCUUCUUGGCGGCCCGGGGUUCGUUGGUUUGGAUCCCGGGUGCAGA